AUGUUUGUUACAGUCAAAACAUUAGGCGGCCGUCUUUUACAUGAUGCAAAAUUCCCAAAGGGAAAACAGUGGGCCGAAAAUUUUGGUUUUAAGAAUGAAUUUUUACAUCAGGUCUUCUUAUGUUUAGUGUCCGUGCAUUGCAGUGGUAUUUAUCGUGCAUGCAACAGCGGCGAACGUGGUAUGCUUUACUGGACCGGUAACUGGGUUACUUUUCUGGAUUCGCUGUUACAAACAGCUUUGUUAGCUGAACGAGCAGAUAGCCUUCGUUUGCCCACUCGCGUGCGGUAUUUACGUAUAGAUCCUAUAAAACAUCUGGAACAUGUUCAGGAACGAGAUGGUAUCCAAGUGAUUGAAUUGCGCAAUGAUAUUGCGACAAGCGGUUGCGUAGCAGGUGGAGUUGAAUGUUGCGAUUUAACAGCCCACACGGUUGCCCGCCGUUUGCAAUCUGCUGGACAAAUUUAUUAUGAAAAAAUUUAUUUCACGAAACAUUUUGAUAGCGCAGCCUUCGACGAGUUUCCUCAUUUUCGUGAACAGCUGAACGCCUAUCGAAAUUUCUUGCGAUCUAUAUUAGCAAAUGGCUUAGCGAAAUGGGAAGUAAAUGGUUGUCUAAAAGAUCUAACCAAUGCUGCACUCUUUUCGGAUGCGGUGCGCAGAUUUACGAAAUUCAUGAAUCCGGUCAGUGAGGCAGAACAUAAACGAUGGCUGGAUGAUUCG